AGAUGCAACACGAAGUCCACUUCAUUGGCAAGAUCUUUGAUUUGUUUACAUAUACUGACGCCGGUACGCAUUAUUGUUUCAUUACAGAGUGGUUGACGUUGCAUACAAACGGUGAAUAAAAUCGGGUUGCCAAACAAGUCAGCUGCCAAGAUUGUCUGUUAUGAGGUGGACGUGCAUGAUGUUGGCUUCAGGCUUCUUCCAUGGGAGACGUCUAGGAUCAUUUUUGAGUUUGCCACAUAAGUUACAACAAAUGGCUGCAUAUAAUUCCUAUUGGCCAGUUAUGCGAUUUUGCAGCAUACCAGUGAUACAAAACCACUCCUUGCCUCUGUGUUGCAUAAAUUUUGUGUCGUUCAGAGGCUAUGCUAAAGGAAAAGACAAGAAGAAAGAGAAGAAAGGAAAGAAAAAGAUUGAAAUUAAUGAGACCAUGUUGGGAGAAAUUGUAGAUGUUGAAAGUAUGAAAGCUCAGAUGAAGAAAGCAGUAGAUACUCUGAAGGAUGAAUAUAUUAAGAAUCUCUCUCUUCGUUCAACAACAGGUUCAAUUGAGUCACUCAAAGUACGAUUCGAAGGAAAGGAUUUCACAUUGCAGGAACUUGCACAAGUUAUCAGGAAGAACCCAAAAACUGUAAUUAUUGAUGUUUCAACAUUUCCCCAGGCCAUUCCGUCAGUGCUUCAGUCAAUACAGAAGUCGGGGAUGAAUCUCAAUCCACAGCAGGAUGGAACAACGCUGUACAUUCCUGUUCCAGUGGUAACAAAGGAAUACAGAGAAACUCUUGCAAAGAAUGCAAAAGUUCUUUUUAUCAGAUGCCGUGAUAAUGUGAAAGAUGUGCAAAAUCGAUAUAUUAAAAAGGUGAAAACUCUUGCAGAUAUUUCAGAGGAUACAUCUCACAGUGUUCAAGAACAGAUUGCUGCUUUCGCAGACCAAUAUUUGGCAGAAGCAACAAAGAUUUUCGAAGCCAAAGAAUCUGAGCUCUUACGAUAAGGAAGAACUAAGGUGUCUAGUGUGAAUGUUUUAAUUGUAUAAAUGUCUUUGAAUGAUAUUAAAAAUGUGACUAGAGACACUGAUAAAUGUGUAAUUAGUAUACAUUUGGGUUUUUGUUGUGAAAUAAACUUAAAAGAGAUAUGUGUGUAUUAAUUAAUUGCUCCUAAGGUAUCAUACAACAGAAUAAGUAAUUAACUAAAUGCUUAUUUUGUAGAACAGAACAUACUUUGAAAUUUUAUUCAGGACUGUGGCAUUCUUUCUUAUCCUAUCCAUGUGCGUUGUUGGAGGCAUCUAUUUGAUGUCUUGAAUGAGGAAAAAUAUCUAGAGAUUAAGGCAUGACUAAAUCUUAGCUAUUGUGCUGUGUGUAGAGACACCAUUAUUUGACUAAUGUCUGUUGUGAUUCUUCACUUUUGUAAUGUGCAGCUGCACUGCAUUAAAAAAAUAGUUGUCAAAUAAGAACAACAGGAGGGCAUCAGCAAAUCAUUCUCAGUUUUAACUUCAUCAGUGCCAUCUGUGAAAUAUAUAUGCCUGUUAUAUAU